AUGCCGCCAAAAGCCAAGCGGCUGACGAAAAAGGAGCAGCAGGCGUUGGCGCGGAGACAACUCAUCGCCCAUGCCAACAAUGUCGCAGACUUCAUGCCAGAGUUCAAGGCGUUCGAGUUAUUCCCGACGACCAUGGCUGAUGUGUUUGCCAAGCUCAGGUCGCUGAAUGCACAACAGUUGUCGGAAGCCGAACGACGCCAAAUUGAGGGCGUGUUUCGCGAAAACAUGCAGGAACUAUACGAAAAUUCGACGUGGGGAUUCGACAUGGAGAAGAAAAGAGUCGAGUUAUUUGAGGAUGCAGCGCGGUACAUCGUCGUCGAACGGACUCCAGGACAGAUUGACGCGUUUCUCCAUUUUCGAUUCGUGGAAGACGAAGGAGAUGCUGUUGUGUACGUUUACGAAAUCCAGGUUGGUCCUGGUAUGCAACGCCAAGGGCUUGGCAAGCGACUGAUGCAGUUGCUGCAACUCAUCGGGCGCAAGUACAAGAUGAAGUUGAUUCUCCUCACCGUUUUCAAGUCCAACAUCGCCGCCAUGAAGUUUUACACAGAAAAGAUGGGAUUCGUCAUCGACGACACGUCGCCGUCUGCGCAAGGGGACACGUCCGAGUCUUACGAGAUCUUGAGCAAGUCUCUCGUGUAAGGUUCCGAACGAUUACCGGCUUUGUUUUACCAUCAACCGGAAUUGCCAUCCCGCCACGUAACAGAGGGCCAAGCAGGACUUGCACUCGUCAGCUAAAGUGUGAAUACGCAU